UCUUGACAUUCUUCCCCAGCAGUUCUUCACUAGAGUUGUUCCAGAGCUUCGAAGCCGGCAAAUCCACUCUUUCCGCAGCCAUGUCGAAGAGAAAGACCAGGGAGCCUAAGGAAGACAAUGUCACUCUUGGACCUGCCACAAGAGAUGGAGAGCUCGUCUUUGGCGUGGCUCAUAUCUUUGCCUCGUUCAAUGACACGUUUAUCCAUGUUACUGAUUUGUCUGGGAGGGAAACCAUGGUUCGCAUAACAGGUGGAAUGAAGGUGAAGGCUGACAGGGAUGAAUCAUCUCCCUAUGCAGCUAUGCUUGCAGCCCAAGAUAUUUCUCAGAGAUGCAAGGAACUCGGCAUCAAUGCUCUUCACAUUAAGCUUCGUGCGACUGGUGGCAACAAAACUAAGACUCCUGGUCCUGGUGCUCAGUCUGCUCUGAGAGCUCUUGCCCGGUCUGGCAUGAAGAUUGGUCGCAUAGAGGAUGUGACUCCAAUUCCGACUGACAGCACUCGCAGAAAGGGUGGUAGAAGGGGAAGAAGGCUAUAAUUUUGCUAUUUGCAAUCUCAGUUAUUGUUGGUGCAUUUUUAUGAAGUGAAUCGAGUUCUAUUUUUCCUACUAUUGUUUUGAACAAUUUGUAGUUCAACCAAAAUUUGUUUGGUGUUUUGCUUGGCCGAAAAAUUGAACAAUUAUGAGAUAGUAUAUUUGCUGAAACUUGCUUCA